AUGGCCUACGGGGAUUGGCUGCCCCUGACUGCCCAGCCUAGCCCAGCCUUGCCUAGGAUGUCGCUGCUGAGCCUGUCCUGGCUGGGCCUCGGGCCGGUGGCAGCAUCCCCAAGGCUGCUCCUGCUGCUGUUCGGGGCCUCCUGGCUCCUGGCCCGUGUCCUGGCCUGGACCUACGCCUUCUAUGACAACUGCCCCCGCCUCCGGUGUUUCCAGCAGCCUCCAAAACGGAACUGCUUUUGGGGUCACCUGAGCCUGGACGUUGCCAUUCCCUCGUCUCCUCUGACCUUCGUGUGCCCCCGUGUCUCUGCUGUUGGCUCCUCACUAUGGGGAGAUCCCCCAUGGGAUGACCUGGCCCAGUUGCCCUUCCUGACCAUGUGCCUGAAGGAGAGCCUGCGGCUGCAUUCCCCAGUCUCCAGGAUCCACCGCUGCUGCCCCCAGGACGCGGUGCUCCCGGAUGGCCGGGUCAUCCCCAAAGGGAACACUUGCACCACCAGCAUCUUUGGGAUCCAUCACAACCCUUCAGUCUGGCCGGACCCUGAGGUCUAUGACCCCUUUCGCUUCGACCCAGAAAAUCUCCAGAAGACAUCACCUCUGGCUUUUAUUCCCUUCUCAGCAGGGCCCAGAGUCCCCACCCCCUCCCCCGGGAACUGCAUCGGCCAGACGUUCGCCAUGGCUGAGAUGAAGGUGGUCCUGGCGCUCACGCUGCUGCGCUUCCGCGUCCUGCCGGACCACGCGGAGCCCCGCAGGAAGUUGGAGCUGAUCGUGCGCGCGGAGGAUGGACUUUGGCUACGGGUGGAGCCCCUGAGCGCGGAUCUGCAGUGACCCACCACUGUCAGGUCUCAGAGCCACCCGCGCCCUCCUCAGGCACCUUUGCAGAUUCCGGGGAAUCAAUCUGUGCCUGAGUCCCACAGACAGCCAGCAGGGGGCGUCGGAGAACUGCAGGGAUCCAGGGCCUGGCGAGGGUAAGGCGCAGUGUUUCUGAGCCAAGACCCUGACAGCCUCUCUGGUUGAGCACAGUGGCCCCGUGCUGAGGGCGGGUUGUCCCAGAGCGCAGGUGGGGACAGUAUCCUGUGGGCGAUAGGGAGCCAUGGCGGGUGUUUGAGCAGGAGAGGGACCAGGGUUGAGGAGGCACCUAUGGGGCAGGUUUGAGGCUCUGAGUCACUGAGGAAAACCAGAGCGGCACUACAUCCCCGCCCC